CAGUUCCGCUCUUCUCAGCUUUCAGGCACAGACUUGCGUUUGAGAAAGAGAGAGAGAGAGUGGCGACUGUUCGGACAUGGAGAUUGAAUCUCAUUACGAAAUUGCCACCACCGCCGAUUUCAUAUACAGCAGAAAGUUUACCAGAGUCGCUUUGCAGUUCCCGGAUAAUUUAUUGAAGGAUGCAACAAGAGUAGUGCGUGCUCUGAAGGCCAAGCUUUUGUCUCUGAGAGAUUCUGGGGAGGAACAUAAUGGGGAUAACAAUGAUGUUGGAUUGUAUGUGAUGGCAGAUACAACUUAUGGAAGUUGUUGUGUUGAUGAGGUCGGAGCAUCUCAUAUUAAUGCUGACUGUGUCAUACAUUAUGGACAUACGUGUCUUAGCCCGACUUCAACACUUCCUGCAUUCUUUGUUUUUGGAAAGAUCCCCAUCAAUGUACCCAAUUGUGUGGAGAAUCUAUCAAAGAAUGCUUUGGCAAAUGAAAAACCUAUUUUGAUUCUUUAUGGGCUGGAGUACGCACAUGCAAUACCUCAUAUUAGAGAAGCACUGAAAGAAGCAUUGAGCUCUGAUGUGUCUGGACCUAAAUUAGAAAUCAAUUAUGCUAAUGUUAUGUGUACAGUUAUAAAUCCAUCUGAAAAUCAUAAAAGUAUAAAUGAGCCAGCUAGUGGCUCUCCUGCUGAUGAUAUUUCUGGUGCAGUAACUGGUACGAGGUAUGCCAUUGGUGGCUUGACCUGGAAUAUUCCAGAGGGACAUAAAAUGGAGGACUACUUGCUUUUCUGGAUUGGCUCUGACAAUUCAGCUUUUGCAAAUGUCGUAUUGACAUUUAACAGUUCUGAAAUAGUCAGAUAUGACGCAGCAGAGGAGCGCUUGGUGACAGAUGUAUCUCACCGGUUAAGAAUUCUUAAGCGUAGAUAUUACUUGGUGGAGAAAGCAAAGGAUGCUAACAUUAUUGGAAUUUUGGUUGGAACUCUUGGUGUUGCUGGUUACCUUGAUAUGAUUCAUCAGAUGAAAGAGUUGAUCACCAAAGCAGGGAAAAAGACCUAUACUUUUGCUAUGGGAAGACCAAACCCUGCAAAACUUGCAAACUUUCCUGAGUGCGAUGUUUUCAUUACUGUUUCUUGCGCUCAAACUGCUCUUUUGGAUAGCAAAGAGUUCUUUGCUCCAGUUAUAACCCCAUUUGAAGCCAUGCUGGCUUUCGGCAGAGGACGUCAAUGGACAGGAGCAUAUGUGAUGGAAUUUAGGGAUUUGAUUAGUUCUUCUCCAGUUGAAGUAAGGAAUCAGGCAGAAGAAGCAAGGUUUUCCUUCAUUAGAGGUAGAUAUGUGGAAGAUACUGACCAGCAAGAAACAUUCAAUGAUGAGCAAGGUGAGGAAGGAGCUCUUGCUCUAGUAACUGCAGCAGAGAAGGCUCUGCAAUUGCGUGAUGGAAAUGUUAAUCAUCUCGUCAAGGGGACAGCUAAAUCUGGAGCAGAGUUUUUCUUAGGUCGAUCUUAUCAUGGUCUUGAAAUACAUGGUGACGGUUCUUCACCAGAGCCAUAUAUAGUCGGUAGAAGUGGUAAGGCAUCGGGGUAUGAGGAUGAGAAAAGCAAGCAGGAAAGUUAAGUUGGUGAUUUCACUUGUUAAACUUAUGGAAAAGUAAAAGCAACAGAGAGGUCCCCCAGCAUGCAUGACUUAUUGGUCACAUUAACUCUCCAGACAAGAAUUUCAUAAGUGUGGGACUUGUGUCAGUGGGUUGUUGAAUUGUAAGAACUGGAAGGAUCAUUACAACCUGAUCUGCUGGUAAUCUGGUGUUGCUGUUGGUUAAAUUUCAAGUCUUCUCCAGCAGACUUGUAAUCCAUGCUCGGCAUGCUGCAGUUCAAGCAAAACUGUCUCCAUCAAAGGCCUUGAAGUAAGUUUUUCUUCCUAUUUGAGUGAUAUCUGGCAUUCAUUAAUUCAAGAGCGUCUGUGUUGGUCAAGUUUUUGAUAAUGUGGGAUUAAUGUACACUGGAGUAACAAUUUUCUAAGAGAUUUUCUUUUCAGUUUAUGUUAGAUUAUCCGGAAUGUAUCAGUAAGUUUUAAUUAUUUUUGAAGAAAGUCACAUCCCCUUCUUAAAUGUUUCUAGUUCAGAUAUUGUUUCUUCUGGUCUUGCCCUGAAGCUGUAAUUCUA